AUGCCACUCUGGGGUCGCAAGUCCACGGGGCCACCCGACCCCCAAAAUGGGGAAGAAGAUCGACACGUCCCAGAGCAAAGAUCCGAAGAACCUACUGAGCGCUCAAGACUGCUUCCUGCAGAUAGGAACGAGGGGUUUCUGAGCCCGGAUGAUCCUGCAGUAUCCCCCUACAAUCUAUGGAGCGUGCGCGCGGUGCGCGGCGUGUCACUCGUCGCAUUGGCACUGAGCUUCAUAUGGUGGACAUUCCUGCUGGUCUCCAUAUUCGUUAGUCCACCGAUGAUCCACCCGCGGGGAUCGGGCUUUUUCGCCUUUGCAUAUACCACCUUGGCGACAGGAUACCUCAUCUUUGGACUCUUGUUCUUUGCCGUGCCAUCAAAGUCCAUGACAAUAUGGGCCAUUACACUUGCCGCUCUGCUUUUGGUGGAUAUGUUUAUUAUCCUCACUGUGCCGCGGAUCCGUCUUGAAGAGGGUUGGGUGGGGAUUGCUUCUGUCGUCUGGGUAGCUCUGAUCGCUAUCUAUCAGGCCCUGCAGAACAGAGCAGUUGCCUGGGGUAAGCGGGAAGAGGAAGAGCGUCUUACCGGUCGAGAAGAGACUCGGCGCUCCCUGUUGGAGUGGAGUGCUGUUCUCGCUGAAACGAUUUUACUGGCUGCCAUGGCGAUCGCGGCUGUCAUGUUCACGGCCACUCUGAUCUUGCGUGCUUUCGACGCCGGGCUCAAGCCUCCAGGCGAGCGAUACUCGGUGCAUGGGGAUACCUAUCAAGUUCAUCUUGCUUGUGUGGGGAACAAAACUGCAGACGACAAUGCACCGACGAUCCUUCUGGAGGGUGGCAAUGGGCCCGUCGAACAUACACUCCAACCCUUCAUCGACGAUGUAUACGGCCGUGGCGGUAUCGACAGAUACUGUUACUGGGACCGACCGGGCUUCGGAUGGUCCGACAACGCCCCUCGCCGCAUUCCGCGGGCAUUUGUUUCCGCUGGGGUUGGCAGUCUUCAUUCGAGACUGUUUGCCAGUCGCAAUCUUCUCGAAGUUCGCGGCAUCUUCAUGAUCGAUCCCCUCCACGAGGCCUACCUGGGGGACAUUGGGCGACCUGGUCGUGGAUUUUUGCUCUGGCUUCGUGGUAUCGUUUCUCCAUUGGGAUUGGAUCGGCUUGCGGGUGCCCUUUUGCGCGGCCGUUCUCGCCAGGACCGCGUUAUGGGACGUGCGGCUUACCAGUCUGGGAAAUACAUCAAAGCAAAGCUACAGGAAAGCCUCGUGGCUGUCACGAUGACUGCUGCUGAGAUACAGUCUUCUCGCCAUAUCGAGAUGGGUCAUGUUCCUGUUGUGGUUGUGAGCUCUGGGCAAGAAGUUCGAAAGAAUUCUCAGUGGGCAGAGCGGCAGGAGGAUCUGUCUCAUAUUACAGACAACCUUUUGUCUUGGGAUAUUGCUGACGAUGCACCUCAUGAAGUAUGGAAUACCGGACAGGGACGAGAGAUAUUGGAGAGACGUUUGAAGCAGCUUGUCCAAAAAAGUCAGACAUAA